AUGAGUGUUCAAACUGCUGGAAAUGCUGGAGAUGAACCAUUUGCUGGUCCGAACCUAAAUAUCACAUUAACGUGUCCGGAAUGUAAAAUUUUUCCUCCUGAUUUAAUAGAAAGAUUUAGUGAAGGUGACAUUGUUUGUGGUAGUUGUGGUUUAGUCCUUAGUGAUCGUGUUGUCGAUACAAGGUCUGAAUGGAGAACAUUCAGUAAUGAUGAUCAGAAUGGUGAUGAUCCAAGUCGUGUUGGUGACGCCGGAAACCCGUUGUUAGAUACUGAAGAUUUGUCUACAAUGAUUUCAUAUGUCCCCGAAAACACCAAGGUCGGUAGAGAAUUAAACAGAGCACAAUCUAAGUCCUUAGUAGACAAAAAAGACAACGCAUUGGCGGCAGCAUAUUCGAAGUUGUCGCAAAUGUGUGAUGGGUAUCAAUUACCAAAGAUUGUUCAAGAUGGUGCCAAGGAAGUGUACAAAUUGGUUUACGAAGAAAGGCCUUUGAAAGGUAAGUCACAGGAAUCAAUCAUGGCGGCUGCAAUCUUCAUUGGCUGUCGUAAAGCCAAGGUGGCUCGUUCUUUCAAGGAAAUUUGGGCUUUAACCAAUGUUCCAAGAAAGGAAAUUGGUAAAGUCUUCAAAAUCAUGAAUAAGAUUAUCCAGGAAAAGAACGCUGCUAAUCCAAACGCAUAUUCUCUUAUACAAGACAACAUGCAAACCACCCAAACUUCGGCCGAAGAUUUGAUCAGAAGAUUCUGUUCGCACUUGGGUUUGAGUACGCAAGUUACCAAUGCUGCUGAACACAUAGCUAGACGUUGUAAAGACGUUGGUGUUUUGGCGGGUAGGUCCCCCAUCACCAUUGCAGCAACUGUUAUAUAUAUGGCUGCUUUGGUUUUUGGGGCUGAUUUACAACCUUCCAAGAUAGCUGAUAAGACUGGUGUCAGUGAUGGUACUAUCAAGACUUCAUACAAGGUAAUGUAUGAAGAAAAAGAAAGAUUAAUAGAUCCUUAUUGGGUUGAAAGUGGUAAAGUCAAAUUGGAAGAUAUUCCUAAGACUUAG